AUGUCGUCCGAAUGUGCUGGGAAGAACUCAUGGCCAGAGCUUUUGGGAACAAAUGGAGACUAUGCGGCUUCCGUGAUAGAAAGAGAGAACUCGAGAGUCGAUGCAAUGGUGAUCUUGGAUGGAACUCCAGUGACUGGAGACUUCAGGUGCGACCGGGUCAGGGUUAGGGUGAAUAGAAACCGUACCGUUGUCCAGGUCCCUACGAUCGGCUAG